GGAUGGGCCCAGAGACGUCCCAGGCAGCGAUCGACAGUGUCUACGACUCCAUCACUGCUGUGGUACCCCAGUCAGGGACAGGCGAACGGAACGCCGUCAACCAUGCAUAUUCCGAUAUCCUAAGGUUCAUGACCAUCGCGGCGUUGGUCGCGUCUGCGAUUCCAAUGGUGAUGGUGUGGUUCCUGCCCAAUCUGGAACUCAACGACAAACAUAACCUGGCAGGUAGUUUGGUAGAGUCCGAGGAACCAGAAGGUCAGCCCGAUCGGGCUGGCGAGACUCGGCUGCAAAGGUGGAGGCGAAGAAUACGUUGGUGACAUCUCUGGAAGAUACAGGACGGUGUGAGGAGGUUCAGAACUCCUCUGACAGUGGAUGUCUCUCCCA